AACAAGAUCAAGAAAAACAAAAGCAAAAACAAUUUGAAGAAUGGAAGUGUAAAAUUUCUUCUAUAUCUAGCAUUGCUACUAUUUUUUCUACUAUUAAAUCCUUAGUUAAAUAUUAUUUAAAAUUAAAUAUUUCACUUUUCUUGAUAGAACAGAUAAAAAAAAGUAUGUAUUAUGUUGCUAUUUGCUCUACAAUUGAAAAAGUCAAAUUGAUCACUGACUAUAAAUCUUUACAUAGCAAGAAUAUUAAUAAUAAACCUAAU